AUGUUGGAAGAUUGUGAAUGUGUCGAGUGCUGCAAUAAAAGUAUCGAUACUAAAAAAUUUUUUGAGACAAUUCAAAGAACAAAAAAGAACAAAUUUGAAAUUACAUUAAUUGAUAAACCAAUGAAACAUGGAGAUAUCAAUGGCACCAAAGAUUUUCCUACAAGCAUAUUUUUGGAUAAAUCGAUUUGUAUUAUACAAUACGAUUCUUAUUCAAAAGAGAUGAAUCAAUCGGUCAGUCAAUUACAAUUCAUAUUAAGUCGAAAUGAAAUUGAAAAACAAAUGAUGAUAUUCUUGGACAUUUGUUAUGAAUGGUAUGAACCAUAUCUAGCCCGAAUUAAAAAAAUCAAUGAACAACAAAAUGAAUUAUUUGAAACUGGUUAUUCUUUGGAAUCAAAAAAAUUUGUCAAAAGCGCUCUAGUAAAGUUAACGCUUGGAUCGGAUUUUGGUGUUUUUGCUAUAAUAGUUGGAAAGGGAAAAUUUUCGGUUGCAGUUGUUGGAGCAGAAUUAAUUUACGAUUCAAAUGGUUAUUCAAUUCAUUUUGUUGAUGAAGAUGAUGAAAAUAUUGCAAGUUGUGUUGAUGAUCUUUAUUACAAAGAUAUUGUAAAACAAGCAGAAACAAUUGGAGUUCUAACGGACCCUAUAGUUAGUCCUUUAGAAAAUGCUGUCAAAGAAACUUUUAAGACAUUAUUCCCAUCUUUAUCAAAUAACAUUGAUGAUUUUCUAAAAAACAACAUGUCACCAUUAUCUUCACGUUUGCCGCUUAUGGAUCCGUUUCACGUGAUUUUAAUUGUUAUUGGUUACUUUGUCGUUGUUUUUGGUGGUAAGGCUAUAAUGUCCAGCAGAGAAAAAAUGAGUGUGAAAGGAUUAAGCAUUUUACAUAAUUUAUUUUUGGUAUCUCUAAGUGCUUAUAUGUGCAUUACUAUAUUAUCGGAGGCAUGGAAACAGGGUUAUUCUUUAUUCACAAAUCCAGAAGUAAGAUCCGAGGAAGGUUGGCAGAUGUCAAAAUAUAUUUGGUUGUUUUAUUUUUCAAAAAUAUUCGAGUUCAUGGAUACAUUUAUCAUGAUAUUGAAAAAAAAUGAUAGACAGAUCACCUUUUUACAUGUUUAUCAUCAUUUUUCAAUCUUUAUGAUUUGGUGGCUUGUGGUUUUCAUUGCUCCUAAUGGCGAAGCAUAUUUCAGUGCUGCUUUGAAUUCUGCUGUUCAUGUAGUUAUGUAUGCUUAUUAUCUUUCUACGACACUUUCAUUUCCAAUUCGUUUCAUCAAACGUUACAUCACACUAUUCCAAAUGACUCAAUUCACCCUGAUGAUGACCCAGGCAACUUAUGACAUAGUAUAUUUCAAGGUUUUACGACGGGACAUCGUGAACGAUUAUCCAUUUUUGCCAACAGCUAUACUUUGGGUUUAUAUGUGGACUAUGUUGGGAUUAUUUGCUAAUUUCUUUAGAGCAGAUCGCAAACGUGAAGUUGAAGCUAAACGUGCUGCAAUUUCAGGGAAAAAGGUUCAAUAA